AUGAUAUUAAGUCGUAUCAAACGCUACUUCGUACAAAUUAAUUUAUUUAGCAUUCUGAUUUUUGAGGAUCUAGUAGUGUGUGAAAAAUUAAAUGCUCAAAUUUCACUAACAACAGAAGGAGAAGGAUUUCAUAGAUCCUUGAUAUAUCAUAUAAACUUUGAUGCUUCAAUCAGUGACUGUUACAUUGCAUUACAUUUACAAUUACCAUCUGCCUUGUAUGUUAGUGUUGCUGAAUUAAGUGAUAUAAGAAGAUUAGGAAUUGUAACAAUAUUUAUUACAUUUUAGAAUAUCAUCUGUUCCAUAGGGGAAUCUAAUAUUGAGCUAUUUAUGGAGAAAGCAGAACUCCAAAAUGUAACUAUUUGUUCUCCUUUGUGUACUACAGAGUCUGUUUUCAAAUUUCCUAUUCACCAGCGUUAUCAGUAUGCUAAUGAAACUAGUAGAUAUAUGAGUAUCAAUAUACCAAAACCAAAUAUACUUUUGGGUUGUACAAAAAGAAUUAAGGAAUAUAGGACUUCUAUAAUUGACGUAUGUUCUCCCUGUGUAAACUUUGUUAAUAAAUGGAGAGAGAUUCCAUAUACCAUGGAUACAGAAAAUGUUGUAUGGAUGGUACCAAUUGGUAACUUAUCUGUAUUAACCAUAGUAACCUCUACCACAUUACUGUUAACAGUUUUGUGUACAAUGUUUCUUAUGCAAACAAUCUGUAAACAUGUGCUUAUAACACAUAAGAAGGAAGAAUAG